CAGAAGCAGGCCCGUGAGAACUGCUGGAAAUUAGUGUUGUCAUUUCUAAAAUACAGUAACGAAUUAAGGUUUAUAACAGAAUAAUCGACAUUGACAUUAGUUACACGGAACCGUUUACUUGAAUGUAUUUUACUUUCUUCAGUACUUUUCUCUUGUAAUGUUGAGCUCAGUUAUUUAGCUGUUACAGUCUGCAGGAUAGUUUACGUCUCUGGUCAAGUUGAUUUGUAAGUUAACAUGUCCAAACACAAGACGAAAAAGCUCAUCAUUGAAGAUGAUGAGCCAAAGCAAGACGACCUGAAUCCAUUUUCUUUCAAAGAGUUUAUCAGAAAUAAGAACCAGCAGCCCUGUACUACAGAAGACACAGAGGUAUUUGAUGGUGUAUGCCACGUCGAGCAGGACUAUAACACCUCCAGGGAUUUUGCUACCAAGGGGUCUUUCUUCACAGACCCCUCUGUGCUCUCUCAACCUUCUGAAAGCGAACAUGAGGAGACAUGGAUUGAAAGCUGCCACCCAUCAGCAUUUGAAGGUUCUCAUGACUUCCAGCUAUGUGGGACUUCAGACCACAGCGCUUACUCUGAGCAAUCGUCUCUGUGCAGUGAUGAGAGGGAAGCAAAUGAGACUGAAUGGGAGCUGGGUCAAUCUGACUUCCCGCCAAAGAACCACUUAGGAAGAAGAAGCACAGGAAGCUAUGAGGGGGAUGAAGAGACUUCAGUGAUUGAUAUUUCUUUCCAUUCUAAGAGGAACAAUGCUGAAAUCGGCACAAAGCAUGCUCAACAGCUCAGAGAAGAAAAUUCUUUACUCAGAAAGCAAAUCAAAGAACUCCUUAGAAGAUCAGAAACUGACUCCAGAAGGAUCGAACAACUCACAGAUGAGUUGCACAACAAGAAGUUACAGGAGGAGAGAGAGGCUAAGGCUUUGGAGACGAUGGUGCAGUCAGUAGAACAAAACCUUCAGUUAAUGACGAAGCGGGCAGUCAAGGCUGAAAAUACUAUUUCAAAAUUGAAACAAGAUCUAAACCAACUCCAGGGCCAGAUUGAAGGAUAUAAAAGUGAAAAUGAAAGGCUUAGAAAUGGAGAAACUACAGCCUUAACCACAAUGAGACACAAUGCACAAGUAGCCUCUGAGUACCUUAACAAAGCAGCUCAAGAUGCAGAGACUUCUAUCAAGCAGUUGCUGACAGGAAGAGAGACACUCUAUUUUGUAUCCCAGUUAUUGACCUCCAUUGACAAGAUCACCGAGAUUCAUGAUUAAGUGUUUCCCUUUCACAUCCAAACAUUAUGUUCUGUACAAUAUAGACCCAACUGUGGUGCUUCAUUGUUCAUUAUUUUAUUCAUCUACUUCAUUAACAUCUGUUUAGGUUUUAUGAAAUGGCAAAAUGAGGUGUGCUAGGCCAAAUAAUCCCUAAAGAUACUUAAGUGCACCAAAUAGUGCCUUGGAUUCUCUCAACAAAAUCAAAGCAAUAUGUUGUAGUAGUUUAUUUUCAAAACCUUUUGCACUUUUGUCAAAUAAGUCCUUUCUUAAAAUUAUAUUACAUAAUAUUUACAAGAUUUUUUGUAUUUCAUGAUUGUAUAUUGAUAUAUAUAUAUAAAUUAACACAUUUUUAUAGUUCUGCUGUUUUAAAUUACAGCAUUUUAGUUAAUUGUUUAUUUAAACAACACUUUACUAAUCAGCAUUGGAUGAAGUGCCUUAUAUUCAUAAUGCUCUUUAUUGACUUAAUAAAGAU